UUCUUCUCCUCUUUUUCAUAUAAUAAUCAUGGUUGUUUUAAGCCAGAAAACUACUCUCCCAACGCUUCUUCUUUUUCUUCUUGGCCUGUUAUCUGUUUGCUGCUGUCGGGCAGAGCUUCUGCGGUUCGAACAUGAGGCGAAACCGGACGGGUCGAUCAGUUUCUUGGUGGUCGGAGAUUGGGGAAGAAAAGGACUCUAUAACCAAUCUCACGUAGCUCUUCAGAUGGGAAUGAUUGGAGAGAAAUUAGACGUGGACUUCGUAAUAUCGACGGGAGAUAACUUUUACGAAGAUGGAUUGACGGGUGUAAGCGAUCCAGCUUUCCAUCAAUCCUUUUCUGAUGUCUAUACAGAUCCAAGCUUGCAAAAGCAAUGGUACAUUGUGUUGGGUAAUCAUGAUUACAGGGGUAACGUUGAGGCUCAAUUAAGUCCCUCUCUUACAGACAUGGAUAGCAGAUGGCUUUGCCUCAGAUCUUUCAUCCUCAAUGCUGGAACUGAAAUGGCUGAAAUUUUCUUUGUUGACACUACUCCUUUCGUGACCACGUAUUUCACAAAUCCAAAAGAACAUGUCUAUGACUGGAAGGGCGUCUUACCCAGAAAAAAAUACAUUGAGAAUCUUUUAUUAGAAGUGGAAUCGAGUUUAGGAGAAUCCACGGCAAAAUGGAAGAUAGUAGUGGGUCACCACACAAUCAAAAGUGCUGGACACCAUGGUAACACUGAUGAACUCAACAUGCUUCUUCUUCCACUUCUCCAGGCAUACGAUGUAGAUUUUUAUAUUAACGGACAUGACCAUUGCUUAGAGCAUAUUAGCAGCCCUGAGAGUCGGAUUCAAUUCUUAACGAGUGGAGGUGGAUCAAAAGCAUGGAAAGGAGAUAUUAAUCCGUGGAAUCCAAGAGAAAUGAAAUUCUAUUACGAUGGUCAAGGUUUCAUGUCAGUUGAAGUGACUCAGAUGGAUGUUGGUAUCAAAUUCUAUGAUGUUUUUGGCAAUGAACUGCACAAAUGGAGCACUUCCGAGCUCGGGAAAUUUGUAAUUUAGUUAUAAUCAAGGAUG